AGCGUGGCUUGGCGCGCGCAGGCGCGGAGCGGAGGCUGGUGCCGGGGACCAUGAGCGGCAGCGCCGAUCCCGAUCCCGCGCCCGCAGCCCCGGCGGCUCCGCCAGGCCCCGCCGAGGGCAGCAAGCCCAGCCCGGUCGCUGUGGGCAGUGCCGGGCCCGGGGCAGCGCCAGCUGCGGGAGGCGGCGCGGCGCGGGCCACCGAGGGCUGUGCGGUCGGCGGGAGGGGCCCCGUGCCGGUGUCCGCGGCCGUGGCCGCCCCCCCGGACGGGGCCAUGUCCAACGGCGUGUACGUUCCGCCCGCGGCCAACGGCGACGUGAAGCCCGUGGUAUCCACCACGCCGCUCGUGGACUUCCUCAUGCAGCUGGAGGACUACACGCCCACGAUUCCGGACGCCGUCACAGGGUAUUACCUGAACCGGGCAGGGUUUGAGGCCUCGGACCCCCGCAUAAUCCGCCUGAUCUCGCUGGCGGCACAGAAGUUCAUCUCGGACAUUGCCAACGAUGCGCUGCAGCACUGUAAAAUGAAAGGCACGGCCUCGGGCAGCUCCCGCAGCAAGAGCAAGGACAAGAAGUACACGCUGACCAUGGAGGACCUGACACCAGCACUGGCCGAGUAUGGCAUCAACGUGAAGAAGCCACAUUAUUUCACGUAGAGCACGGGGGAGCUUGGGGAGCUUGUAGUGGCCAUAUUGGUGCCAUUAAACACCUAGUAGGGUUUUCUGGGAA